UUUGAGUCAAUUUAUGAUUGUUAGUGUGUAUUUCUAAGUAUAAAGUUGUUUCAUUAAGUCAUCACUGUAAAAUUUUUUCAGAGAUAUUAUAAACAUGUGCUGCUUCACAAAUACUGCAAAUUUCCUGCUUCUUUAAAGCAGAAACUGCUAGUAGGGCUCUACCCUCUUGCUCAGUUAAUUCUCUUUGAUUUUGAUGUGCUUUUGGAGGCAUGGUGGGUAGUUGAAUUAAGGAAGGCAAAACAACGCCUAGAAUUUUGAUGAGGUGCGGUGCUCGCUAGUGAAAUACGUUAAUUCGUUUUAGUGUUUGCUCUAUCAUAUCCGUGAUCCAGACCUACUUUUGUUUAUCAUUGUUGCCUCCGCACACCGAAGAUGACGAUCCAUCGUGUGCUCCCUGCUAAGAGCAGGGAAACUAUCUUCGUAGCUUUCGGCUUCCUCGAUAUUUAAUAUCAUUGCCCAAUAAUAUCAGUGGUGUUCCACGUUCUAGUGUGAGAAAUAUUGGCAUACGGUUCUACACUCAUUUCCCUUCUUCCACUUUCCAAUCGAUUCCGGAUUUCAGAUUCAGCAAGAGGUUCUACACAGACUUCUCUCAGAAAUGGUCGAGCUUAGAAAACGUAAAGCACCGGCGCCGCUGCCUGUGCCUGAAAAAAAGAGUAAGAACCCACGACGACCGCGGAACGCCACGAAGGAAGAGCCAGCCAAUGGAACAGAUGCCAGUCACACUGGGUCUCCUUCAGGCAACGUACGUCCCACUGUUGGCCAAACCAUCGAUCUGGAUGGAUUCGGGGGCGAGAUCGAAACUAAUGAUGGUACGAAAACUACACUCAAAGCGCUUGUGGAUGCGAGCAAGUCGGGCGUGGUCCUAUUCACGUACCCUAGAGCUUCAACUCCAGGCUGUACAAGGCAAGCUUGCCUGUUUCGUGACAACUACGACGCUCUCAUCUCCGAUGGCCUAUUGAUCUACGGUCUAUCGACGGAUUCCCCCAAAGCGAACACCGCGUUCAAAUCUAAGCAGAAUCUUCCCUAUCCUCUUCUCUGUGACACCAAUGCUACAUUGAUUAAGGCACUGGGGCUUAAGAAGGUACCGAGAGGAACAGUCAGGGCUGUCUUUGUGAUUAACAAAGAGGGGAAAGUUCUGCUCCUGCAACCUGGAGGUCCAGAGAGGACAGUCGAAGCAGCCAAACAACUGGUCAGUGCUGAGUCUGGAAAGAAUGAGAAUGGCAAUGCCAACAAUAAUGAAAGUGAAGAACAAGGUGAAGGUGAGGGCAACCGUACCGCAACUGGUGAGGGUAAAGAAUAAAGGGGAAAACAAAAGUUCAGAGAUGUAUAAGGAUACUCCAUGCAGAUUGUGGAAGCAGUGAGAUAAAUGUUUCAACAAGGGAGAAUUAUUGUUUCAAUGUAAACCUGUAGAUGGAAGUCAAAUGAUACACUUGUGGUAAAGAGUGUUACCUGUGCCUGUCAUCACCUACAUGUAUAUCUAUUAUCCAUUGACGAUACCAA